ACGGCAGAUGUUUAUAUUCUCGAGUCCGAGAAGUGCGCACGCUUGUUAUCACAUUUGCUUCGUCUCAAGAUGGCACAAGGGAGCACCGUCCUCAGAAACAUCUUCGGCUUCUUCAAUCUGCUUUUUGCGAUUGCUGGCGUCUUGGCUAUUGCCUUGGCAAUAGUAAUCCAGGUUCAUCUUGGUAAUGUGCAGGAGCUUGGACAGGUCGCUGCACUUAUCAUCUUGUACGUGAUCGGAUCCAUUACAUUGGUCACCUCCUUUUUGGGAGCAUACGGCGCGUUCAGACAAGUAAAAUGGAUGCUGAUCGUGUUCUUGGUGCUGAUGUGUGUUGGCUGUCUGUCCCUGCUCCGUUUUGCACUAUUCAUGGCCUUUCAGCGACCACAGGUUAACCAUGCAAUAGAAAAUGCUAUUAAUGAGAUGGGGCCAUUGGACCAGACUUCUGAGGAUUUCCAGAAAUUCAUGGAUGGAGUGCAGAAAUCGAUGCAGUGCUGUGGUGCUUUCGAUGGCUACAAAGACUGGAAUGGCCAUGUGCCUGAGUCCUGCAACUGCCCUGACACAGAGAAGGCCAAGGCCUGCGUGGCGUUGCCAGGCUACGGUUUUGAGGCUUCGUUCUCCGUCCCUGAAGGAUCAAGGCGUUUUGUGUACAAACAGGCAUGCGGUCCCCUUUUCCUGGAUACCAUCAAUAAGUUUGUGAACAUUGCACUGGGAAUCCUCUUUGGGCUGACUGCUUUGACUGUUUUGGGCAUCGCAAUCUCCAGCUGUUUGAUCCAUCAGAUUAACAAGAACAGAAAUGCAGGAGUGGUGUUUGCGCCUGCUUUUGCCUUCAGCGCAGUGCCACCAAAAUACGACACGUUGGUCAAUGAACCAUACCACAAGAGUCCCUAAAGGUGAUAGCACUUCCAACUGCUCCUUGAAUUUCUCCUUGGGGAUCAAUAAAGUAUCUAUCUAUCUAUCUAUCUAUCUUGCACUGACUUUGGACAGCAGGUUUGACUUGGCAGAAGCACUGUGACUAGAUCGGGAGCCACAUUAAUCAUAAAACAGGAACACAUACAAAGACAGCAGUUACAAUCUCACUUUCUAUGUACUGUAGGUUAUGCUCAGCCACCCCGCAGAGCGAUUUUGAGAAUGAUAAAAAGCUGACAGCCGAUCAGAAUACUGUCAAAUUUUAGCCAUCACAUUCAUCAACACGAGGAGAGACUUUCCUUAUCGUUGGUCAGUGUGAACGCUUCUAUAUCGUUAAGGUCAUAAUCUUUAGAGAUACUCUAAAUCUCUGUCUAUAAAGAGCCGUUUUUACUGGUGUGAACGGCCCUUUAUAGACAACUCUGCCAGAGAAUGUGAAAUCCCAUCUGUCAAGAUUAAAUUAGAGAGUCAGUAUCAAAAUAAAUUAUCAAGAAUUCUUUACAUGAAACAAAAAAUGGUUCACUCCUUAUACUUGAAUGAGACCAAAGAUCAGACAUCUCAGAGAUGAUGAGUGAUUUGGAUGAUUUGGAUUUUGUAAUUAAUUUGGAUGAAGAGUGUGGCUUAAGAACAUGAAAGCACAGAGUCAGACAGGCACAUAUUUGGUUACCAGUCAAAACUUUGGACACCGCUGGACAUACCCUCUUGAACACUUUGCACACUAUAGGGUACUCAACUACAGGAUUUAUGUACCGAAAAUGUUAUACAUUUUAAACCUUUACAGUUUUCACAUUUGCACAAAGGUUAAUUGUUACAAAGUUUUGUGCUUUUCUAAAUAUUCGGAACUAUACAUCAGCCACCCAAGAAUAUAGGAAGUUUCAUCCAACUAGUGGCAUAUGUUUAGAAGAAUGUAGCCUCCCGACAAUUUGUGUUUACACAUGUUCAUGUAACUAUCCCCACCCUUCUCUCAGCUCUUAGUGAAGGUUCUUUUCACACUAUUUUCUUAUUUUUGUUUUACACUUGUUUAUUGCUCAUGACCUUGUUUGGAUUUCUACUCAUUUUUAUUUUCUUGUUUAUUCUAUUUUACCUGUUUUACUCGAUUUUAUCCCCUUUUCUGCUUCAUAUCAUAUCCAUAUUACAUGGAUACUUUCAAAUUCAUUGUUUUUCUUUAUUUUUAAUGUAUUAACUUGUCCUGCCCAAACCUGACUUCUUGCGAUGCUCUUGGUCAACUGUUGUAUUUAAAUGUUUUAUAUAAAUAAAAGUGACGACUUGA